AUGCCAGAAAUUGAACUCAAGACCUUGCACAGGCAACGUUCUGCCCCAGAGCUUUGCUACGUUUCCUCUCCCCAAAUUGCUGCCAAUGCCCUCAUCCGCACUCUGCAUUUAAAGCAGUACGGUCAAACCUCGGCUCCUGAAUGCCUCUGUUUUGGAAAGUUUCGACUCUUCAACGCCGAAAACCAGGACGUAAAUGCUCUGGUUUCCGAACAUUUAUUGGAAGCCACAGUGUUGCUGACAAAGGACAGCUGGGCAUAUAAAGGGCCCCAUUACCUUCAGUAGCUUAAAAGGUAAAGGGACCCCUGACCAUUAGGUCCAGUUGUGGCCGACUCUGGGGUUCAUCUCGCUUUACUGGCUGAGGAAGCCGGCGUACAGCUUCCGGGUCAUGUGGCCAGCAGGACUAAGCCGCUUCUGACGAACCAGAGCAGCGCACGGAAAUGCCGUUUACCUUACCGCCGGAGUGGUACCUAUUUAUCUACUUGCACUUUGAUGCACUUUCGAACUGCUAGGUUGGCAGGAGCAGGGACUGAGCAACGGGAGCUCACCCCGUCGCGGGGAUUCGAACCGCUGACCUUCUGAUCAGCAAGUCCUAGGCUCUGUGGUUUAACCCACAGUGCCACCCGCGCUUAGGGCCUCGUCAAACCUAAAUCUGGCCCUGCCCAGGUGGCGCCGUAACGGAGUGUGAGAGGCAGUGUGAUAGGAAUUUUGAGGUCUUAGAUAUAUGGUAAUGUUCAUAAGCGUACCAGCCAAGCACGUACAUAGAUCAGCACAGGAAGACCAACCUGGAACCAUUUUGAUUCCCAAACUGAGCAAAUGUUUUCUCUGCAAGGUCAAAGUGGGAAACCUCCCCAUUCUCUUUCCUCUCAAAUCCUGUCUUAAGGGCACCUUUAAGAUAUGACUAGGGUGUGAGCCUGUGACCUGGCCCAGGAACUAAGUAUUUAUCACUACAAAAGUAUGGCCAGGCUCCCCAGGCAAUCCAAUCAAGUAACCUGCCAGACAGGAGAUAAACAAGGACAGGAGAAAAACAACAUUCAAAUUUCUGUUUGAGACCGCCUUUUCUGGGAUGUAGGUAUGAUGUAUCUGGGGGUGGUCUUGAUCUACAGGGUGGCAAUUUCAAAAGUCUUUAUAAGGCCUUGCGCGCCAUUUUUCUGGGUUCCUCCUCCUCUCCUGCGGGUGAGGGGAGCACCCUGUUGCAACAGAUCAAUAAAGAUCAAGUUUACUUGCUGCUUUGCUUUUCAAUAUUCUCUGGUUGGCCUCUGUUAUUUUCUCCUACCAAUAGGGAACCUACGUAAGGACUCUAUAUGGGCUCUUGGAUACCCCAUAAGGGAAGAAGGGCAAUUUUUGUUUACAACCGCAGGGAGCGCCACAUUUUAACAUCACGCAGGGCGCCACCGAAAUUUGACAUCUCCAAAUCUGCCAUUGCACCUCCCUCUCUCUACUGUGACUCGAGGCGGCACCGUGUUUGAAAAUUAGAGAGCAUUCGCACAAUUAGCCAUUGCAUGGCCUUCCCAAAUACAUGCAACCAGCUUUCCAACAUCCUUUUGGCAUUCAGCUGCUGAGUUUGCAAUUAGAGGGAGCAAGAGUGCUGAUAUAUUUAUUUGCCUCUUCAGUUAGUGUAGUUUCCCUUCCUUUUCUUUUCCUCCCCAUUAAAAAAGAAAAAGAGAAGGAAAGAAUGCUGUUAAUUGGAAACAAAAUGCGCCAUCUUAUCCACGAAUAUCUCUCGCCCGGAAAUUUAUUGCGAAGCUGCGCUCCCGUGGAAGUUUUAAAUUAAACCCAAUUGCUUAAAGACGCCGGGCAAUUUGCUGUGAUUUAGCUGUGCAAUAAAACCCGAGCGCCAAAGCGUAUUCGCCAACCCAAAGGAGGCUGGGUGCUUUGUCCUGUGUCGGUCUCGUCUUUGGGUGUCCACCCCCCCUUUCCUUAAAUAAGAAUAAACAGAGCUGUUUGCGCACACAGGAAAGAAUAAAAUUAAGAAUCGGACCUGGGUGAGGAAUCCUCUUCAGCCCGAGGGCCGCAUUCGCUUGCGAUGAACCUUCUGGGGGCCGGAUGCAAGUGUCGGGGUGAGGCCAAGGGCAAAAUUGGGUGGAAUUCUUAUGCUUAUGUGCUUGAAACACUGCAAGGUCGUCUCAAGCUGCCUUUUUAUGUGGAGAGUGUGGGAUGUGAUACACAAGUAGCAGUCAAGUACGACAUUCCUUGUUUUCCUAGAGUGGACAUGCAGGGGAGUGUCUGGUCCAGCCAGUCGAGAACUUCCUGUUUCCUCCUGGCUGGGACAUACUUCCUUUUGCAGGUGACCAGAGAUGGGCGUGACCUUACCUAUCCAGGUAACAAAAGGGACAGGGCACGCAGCCCCCCCUCUCUGACUUCCUCCGUCGUUGGAGCACCAGCUUUCAGCUAGAAAUGCUCUGUUGGCUCUCAGGCAACAGAGGACACUGGGAAUAUCUCCAUAUGGGAUAGAUCAGGGGUCAGCAAACAGCAGGGGGCCGGUCCACUGUCCCUCAGACCUUGUGGGGGGCCGGACUAUACUUUGAAGGGAGGGGGAAAUGAACGAAUUCCUAUGCCCCACAAAUAACCCAGAGAUGCAUUUUAAAUAAAAGCACACAUUCUACUCAUGUAAAAAUACGCUGAUUCCCAGAUCGUCCGCGGGCUGGAUUGAGAAGGCGAUUGGGCCGCAUCCAGCCCACGGGCCUUAGGUUGCCUACCCCUGCUUUGGACACAUCAAGGAAGGAGUGCGGGAAACCAAUUUUUGGAUAAAAAGUUUUAAAUUUGUCUUGAUUUGUGGCUGAUUGGGUAAAAUUUGGGGGGGGACCAAUAAAAACCUUCCUGUAUUCCUAUUUAAAUAAGUUCUUUAUUUAGAACCAUGAGGUCUGGAAUCUUAAUUUUUGUUUAGGGGGAUGGACCACAGCUCAGUGUUAGAGCAGUAAACGUAAAGGACUCCUGGACGGUUAAGUCCAGUCAAAGGCGACUGUGGGGUUGUGGCGCUCAUCUCGCUUUUCAGCCGGCGUUUGUCCACAGACAGCUUUCUGGGUCAUGUGGCCAGCAGAACUAAACCGCUUCUGGCACAACGGGACACCGUGAUGGAAACCAGAGCGCAUGGAAAUGCCAUUUACCUUCCCGCCGGAGCGGUACCUAUUUAUCUACUUGCGCUGGUGUGCUUUCAAACUGCUAGGUUGGCAGGAGCUGGGACAGAGCAACGGGAGCUCACCCCGUCACGGGGAUUCGAACCACCAACCUUCCAAUCGGCAAGCCCAAGAGGCUCUGUGGUUUAGACCACAGCUCCACCUGCAUCCCAUACGAUAUACGAUAUACAAUAUCUUUAUUGUCAUUGUCCCAUGCAGAACAAUGAAAUUGAAAAACUACAUAAAACUACAUUAAAACUACAUAAAACUACAUUAAAACUACUACAAAACUACAUAAAUCUACUAUAAAACUACUACAAAACUACAUAAAACAUUCAAAACCCCCUAAAAACUCUAAAACCCCAUUUUAAAAUACACUAUACUACAGAGACCCCUUAUGCUGCGUUUAAAAGCAGAAUUGCAUUUGCGUAGAAACUGUUUCUCAGGCGGCUAGUCCUAGUCUUUAUAACCCUGUACCUUCUUCCAGAAGGCAGAAGCUGAAAGAGAUCAUUUCCGGGGUGCGCACUAUCCUGCGCUAUCUCUGCAGCUUUCUUAUGGCACCUGGAAGCGUAGAUUUGAUCCAAGGUGGGAAGAGUGCACCCAAUUAUUCUCUUCGCAGUCUUUACAACCCUGGAUAGCAUUGUUUUUUCCCUAGCACACACACAUCGCAGCCCAACUUUGAUCCCUGGCACCUGCAGGUAGGGCUGGUAAAAUCUCCUCUUUGAGAAGCUAGAGAGCUGCUGCCAGUCCGUGCUAACAAUACUGGGUUAAAUGGCCAAAUAGCCUGACUCCUUGUGCUACUGAAGUACCAUUUGUGCCACAUAACCAUUGCUCAUCCAGAUGACCCGCAGAAAGCAGCACAGGCCUACCUCACAGGGUUGGUGUCAUAAGAGGCGAUUUGAAUGUUUGAAACACUCCAUUGCUAUUUAUUGCUGAGUGCUUUGACAUUUAUCGCGACGGCUGAUUUAUUUGUUUUCCAGGUAAAAAUAUGGCGAACAAGCACAGCUAAUUUACUAGCUGCCAUCCCAGGUAAUACAGUUUGUCACCCCCCCCAACUGUAUUACCUGGGUUAUGAAGGCGCCCAAAAGAUGUUAAAGCAUAGAUUAUGGGAUAAUGCACACAGUGACUUGCGGUCUCGAUCACACGCAGUCUGUAGUCCGCUGGCAGUAGGAGUACAGUAUGGGCAUGUCUUUAAGUUAACAUCUUACAUUAAAAACCUGACAGUACCAAACUAGCGAAGGCUUUUCACCAAAGCCAGACUAAACGUCUUUCCUUCUGCAGUGUUGGAUGGCAGGUUGAGAGGAGUUCCCUACCAGGACAGACUUUGCUUGUGUGCUCAAGACAUCGAUUCCAUAAGACAUAUUUUGUUGCAUUGUGCAAAAUAUGAGCAAGCCAGGGCUGAACUGAUACUACCCUUGCUGGUACCUUUCCCAGGAAAAUCAGAAGACCGGACAAAUGCUAGAACAUUAGCAGUGGCAAAGUUUUUAUCGGUGGUUGCAAGAACCAAUGAUCCCUAUAUUCUGAACAAAAUGCUUGUUUAACCUGGAGGUAGGCUGUCUGAAUUGUGUAUUGCUUUGUAAUGAUUUGUUGGGUCUCUGGACCGUAAUAAAGAUUGAUGAUGACUAGCUGCCAUCUUAUGCAUGCUUUCCUGGGAGUAAGUCCCAAACGGGGCUUACUUCUGAGUAAACUUGGAUAGUAUCGCACUGUGCGUUAGCGAUCAUUUUUAGGAAACCCCCCAAGAACCAGUCUUGCCUUUCAUCCUAUCAGAUAUUAAUAUUAAAGAUAUUGGGCUGUAGCCAAAUAAAUCCUACUCUGAGCAAUUAAUGAAAUUAAUGGAUCUUAGUUAAUUGUGUCCUUUAUGGCUCUGCCUCCAGGAGGACUAACAUUGGGUACGAGCCAUGCAGACAAAUUCUUUUCUGUUAUAAAGUUGCAAUAGUGUACACUGUUGGAAAAGUGAGAUUAAUUUUGAAAUAAUGUAGGGAAAUGGAUUUAAUGAUUUUCAGCAAUGUUUGCAUCAGCAUCUUUUGCAUAGUAAAAUAAAAUGGAAGCUAUUCUGAGCAUUAUUAAAGGGGAAACAGGUCCAGUUCGUCAUCGUUGUUUUUUAAAAAAGUAUUAUUUUAUUGAUUUACACAGCAGCAGCCUACACAGGUCUCUUAGGAAACUGGGCCCUAUAAAUUCAAUGGUGAUUGCUCCCAGAUAAGUGGGCACAAGGGUAAAGAAUUGGGGGCGUACCCAGCUAAGUCCUACUCAGAGUAAACCCAUUGGAAUUGAUAGAUCAAAGUGAGCCAGGCCCGUUCAUUUCAACAGGCCAAUUCUGAGUAGGGCUUCAGUGCAUUAGAAUGGAAGCGAAAUAUCAAGAACAAUGCAGAAAAUAAUGUAAUUGUGUGUGUAACAUUCACAAGACCAAACACACACUGUUCAUGUUUCGCCUGCAUUUAUGUUCCUAACAUCUGGAGAUGCUGCCCAUUGCGGCAGCUUCCGUUUCCAACAGAAUUCCCCACCUUGCGCCUGAAGGUAUACUGUGCCAGAGUUCUGUUUCUUCCAAAACAACUCCCUUUUGUCCAAAAUGGGACUCUGUACCCUCCUGCAGAUGGUGACAGCAGCCACGAAAUUAAAAGAUGCCUGCUUCUCGGGAGAAAAGCAAUGACAAACCUAGACAGCAUCUUAAAAAGCAGAGACAUCACCUUGCUGACAAAGGUCCGUAUAGUUAAAGCCAUGGUUUUCCCAGUAGUGAUGUAUGAAAGUGAGAGCUGGACCACAAAGAAGGCUGAUCGCCAAAGAAUGGAUGCUUUUGAAUUCUGGUGCUGGAGGAGACUCUUGAGAGUCCCAUGGACUGCAAGAAGAUCAAACCGAUCCAUUCUUAAGGAAAUCAGCCCUGAGCUCUCAAGGGAAGGACAGAUCCUGAAGCUGAGGCUCCAAUACUUUGGCCCCCUCAUGAGAAGAGAAGACUCCCUGGAAAAGACCCUGAUGCUGGGAAAGAUGGAGGGCACAAGGAGAAGGGGACGACAGAGGACGAGAUGGUGGGACAGUGUUCUCGAAGCUACCAACAUGAGUUUGACCAAACUGCGGGAGGCAGUGGAAGACAGGAGUGCCUGGCGUGCUCUGGUCCAGGGGGUCACGAAGAGUCGGACACGACUAAACAACAACAACGCCCUCCUUGCGGAGAGAGCACCAGCAGAACAGAGGCAGAGGGGUUGCCAUGGUAACUGGGGCCAGCAACACAAAUGGAAACUGGUGGUUCAAAGCAGUGCCCUGCGGUUGCCAUAGUCACCACUCCCAGGCUGCAUCCAUUUGGACCAGAAGAGCAGGGAACUCUUCCAGGUUUCAAAUCAGUAUUUGCUGGUGGGGCGGUGUGGGUAGGUGGGGAGUUCCUCCUGCGAAGAACCCACAGAGUCAUGGUCUUGCACCCAUCAUGACCUCUAGUUUAUCAGCGUACCCCCUCCCCCUGUUUGUUUCUCACAACAGCCCUGGGGGGAAUCAACUGGGUCGAAGUCAUUUGGCGACACAACAUCAUGUCUGAAUAAGUAAUGAGUGGCAGACCUAAUAAUAAUAAUAAUAAUAAUUUAUUUACCGGUAUACCCCAUCCAUCUGGCUGGGUUUCCCCAGCCACUUCGGGCAGAUCCCAACAGAAUAUUAAAAACACAGUAAAACAUCAAACAUUAAAAGCUUCCCUAAACAGGACUGCCUUCAGAUGUCUUCUAAAAGUCAGAAAGUUGCUUAUUUCCUCAACAUCUGAUGGGAGGGCAUUCCACAGGUCAGGUGCCACCACCGAGAAGGCCCUCUGCCUGGUUCCCUAUAACCUCACUUCUCGCAGGGAGGGAACCGUCAGAAGACCCUCAGAGGUGGACCCCUCAAAUACAAGGUUAUUUUGAACCUUCGGACCUCCUUCCCUCCCUCCAUGGAUUCCAUAUUUAAAUUUAAGUUUGCUGCAUCUUCUUACCAUUUUCUAUCUAUUAAUUGGGGACGCGGGUGGUGCUGUGGUCUAAAUCUUGCCAAUCAGAAGGUCGGCGGUUCGAAUCCCCACGACCGGGUGAGCUCCCGUUAUUCUGUCCCAGCUCCUGCCCACCUAGCAGUUCGAAAACACAUCAAAGUGCAAGUAGAUAAAUAGGUACCACUCCGGCGGGAAGGUAAACAGCGUUUCCGUGCACUGCUCUGGUUUUGGUGUUCUGUUGCGCCAGAAGCAGCUUAGUCCUGCUGGCCACAUGACCCAGAAGCUGUACGCCGGCUCCCUUGGCCUGUAAAGCGAGAUGAGCACCGCAACCCCAGAGUCGUUCGCAACUGGACUUCAGUGUCACGGGUCCUUUACCUUUUUAUCCAGGUAUCUAGAAUGUUGACAUUAAUUUGCUUCAACUUGCUUUUAAAGCUUAUUGUUGAUUUCAGUUAUUUUUGAAUAUUUUAAGUAGGCUUGUUUGUUUGUUUUUAAACUGCUUGGGAUGUUGUUGUUUUAACUGACAUUUUUACUACUUUAUUCUUUUCGCAAACAACUUUGAGGUUUGAUUACAAUCAAGCAGGACCUAGGUUUGUAAAAUAAACAGAUACAGUGGUACCUCAGGUUACGUACUUAAUUUGUUCCGGAGGUCCAUUCUUAACCUGAAACUGUUCUUAACCUGAAGCACCACUUUAGCUAAUGGGGCCUCCCACUGCCGCUGUGCCACCGGAGCACGAUUUCUGUUCUCAUCCUGAAGCAAAGUUCUUAACCCGAGGUACUAUUUCUGGGUUAGCGGAGUCUGUAACCUGAAGCGUCUGUAACCUGAAGCAUAUGUAACCCGAGGUACCACUGUACUGUAAUUCAGGCUCGGUGUCUGAUUAGACCCUACGACCCUUAACGAAGCAGGACCACAUAAAAGCGAUCCGCAAUUUACCUGGAAAGUAAACCACAUGCAGAGAGCGCUCCGGAGGUUUUGCCUUCUAAUCCGAAAUGUGACUAGUGUCUCUUUUAAAAAAACAAAACAAAUGAAAAUAAAACCACUAUACUAAUUCCAGCGCCAGAUACAGAAGCAGAAAACAUUCAGACUAACCACUGGUGACAAUACAUUAAUACAUGGGUAGGCAAACGCGCUGUGGGUUAAACCACAGAGCCUAGGACUUGCCGAUCAGAAGGUCGGCGGUUCAAAUCCCCGUGACGGGCUGAGCUCCUGUUGCUCUGUCCCAGCUCCUGCCAACCUAGCAGUUCAAAAGCACAUCAAAGUGCAAGUAGAUAAAUAGGUACCGCUCCGGCGGGAAGGUAAAUGGCGUUUCCGUGCACUGCUCUGGUUCGCCAGAAGCGGCUUAGUCAUGCUGGCCACAUGACCUGGAAGCUGUAUGCCGGCUCCCUUGGCCAAUAAAGCGAGAUGAGCGCCGCAACCCCAGAGUCGGUCACAACUGGACCUAACGGUCAGGGGUCCCUUUACCUUUACCUUUAGGCAAACUAAGGCCCAGGGGCUGGAUCUGGCCCAGUCGCCUUCUAAAUCUGACCCACGGACGGUCCGGGAAUCAGUGUGCUUUUACAUGAAUAAAAUGUGUCCUUUUAUUUAAAAUGCAUCUCUGGGUUAUUUGUGGGGCAUAGGAAUUCGUUCAUUAUUUUUUCCCCAAAAUACAGUCCGGCCCCCCACAAGGUCUGAGGGACAGUGGACCGGCCCCCUGCUGGAAAAGUUUGCUGACCCCUGCAUUAAUUCCAGCUCCCUGCUCCUCCCACGCCCACCUGCCACCCACGUGCAAGAAGAAACCCUUUUUAAGUCUAUUAUUGAUUUCCUUUGUAACCAGUUCGCGACGCCACGUUCUGUUCCCCGCCGCGUUCCGCCGCUCCCCAUUGGCUGGGGCUCGAUUCCUCCCCUCGCCCGAUUGGUUCCGACGCGCCGCAAUGUAGCAAAGCCGGCGGGCCAACAUUCUGUCCCCGCCCACGCCGGUGAGUAGCUGAAUCGAGUCACCUCCGCGUUUAGCUGCGUGCGGAUCGUCGCUGGAAGACCGUUGUUGCUCCGGCUCCGGGGUAGUUGAAAGGUAUGGUCGUGGUUUAAUUGUUUCAAGGUGGCGAUCGUAUGCAACAGUUCCGGGGUUAAAAAGCAGUUUCCUAGGGGGAGGGGGGUAAAGGAAAUUCCUGAGGUUAAGGGAUCCCAGAUUUGUUGGGGAACGAUUUUAAAAACUGGGUGGGUGAGAUUUCUUAAUUUUAAUGGGCGAUGCGUUGGGACUUGCUGAUCUGCUGCUUCAUACCGCGCGUUGAAAAUACCCCAUAGAUUCUUACACUCCCUCAAACUCCCUCUUCCUCCAGCUCCCCCUCCUCACCUCACAGUCCUGUAAAAAAAUUUUUUUAUACCUGCUUACCUGGGAACAAACUCCAUUUAAAAACUGGGUCGGCGUGCCUAGGAUUGUACUGUUAGGAUCGUAAAAAAAAACCCACAAACCUCCUAAUUCCCUGAAAAAAUUGAUUGUAUAAUACAGCGUCUCCUUUAAUUAUGCAUACAUAGAUUGGGCUAAAUGUUUUGGGAAUCGAAACUAGCAAAUGAGAGAAAGAUUCCAAAAUGCAAAUAGUAUUGUUUUGUUUUUUAAUGCAACAGUAGGAUCAAAAUAUGCCUCGGAACUCCCCGUUUGGAUAUUUCUGGAACGCUUUUGUUUAAAAGUGGAGCGGGUUGGGGGCAACUCACCCCCCUCCCUCUCCAUCCUUCUAGGGUUUGCUUCCGGAGUAGAGUUCUUUUUUUUAAAAAAGGAACUUUGACGUGUUGUGAGGAUGUAUUUGCAUGUGAAAGUGUUUCUGUGUGUCUUCAACAAAAGGAGAUCUUUGCUUCACUACAAAGCGAUUCAGAGUUUCCCAAAAGAAGUGCACACACACACACACACACACACAUAUACACACCCUAGCUGAUAACAAAAGCACCCAUGGGAUUUAACUUCCAAGGCAGGGAAGUUCAGGACUGGCAAGUUAAUGAGUAAAUAACUUCUUGGUGAUCCUGGUGAGAACUUCUAACUCUCUUAAGCAACUUGGACUUCCUAAGAAGGCGAUUUGGUCCUGGUGUUCAGCCGCAGUCUUAACAGCCUUCUCUGCUCUCAAUCAAGAGGUCAAGCGAAGGUACAGUGGUACCUCAGGUUAAGUACUUAAUUCGUUCCAGAGGUCCGUUCUUAACCUGAAACAGUUCUUAACCUGAAGCACCACUUUAGCUAAUAGGGUCUCCUGCUGCUGCUGUGCCGCCGGAGCCCGAUUCCUGUUCUCAUCCUGAAGCAAAGUUCUUAACCUGAAGCACUAUUUCUGGGUUAGCGGAGUCUGUAACCUGAAGCGUAUGUAACCUGAGGUACCACUGUAUGUGCAUUUAAGGAGAAUUGGAAAGGCCCAUGAGCUAUUUAAAACACUUUUUUUUUUUAAAGGGGAACCCUUUUCAAUCUGAGGGGGCUGCACUUCCUUCUGGGGGCUACAUGAAAAAUCAGGCAGAGCAAUUACUGCAAAUCUUAACUUUGUAAAGUGUAGACGCACUCCUUUCCUCCGUACAGGCAAGCAGGUUUAGAACAGGGCUCAACAACUUUGGUCAGCCCUCAAGCAUGUUAACUUCAUCAAAUCUGACCCUCUUUGGAAAAAAAUUGGACACCCCUGCAAGGGUCUGAUCCUAUGCAGGCUUUUAAGUGAGACUUACUCCUGUGAGAGGGAUGCGGGUGGCGCUGUGGGUUAAACCACUGAGCCUCUUGGGCUUGCCGAUCAGAAGGUUGGCAGUUCGAAUCCCCGCGACGGGGUGAGCUCCCGUUGCUCGGUCCCUGCUCCUGCCAACCUACCAGUUCGGAAGCACGUCAAAGUGCAAGUAGAUAAAUAGGUAUCACUCCAGCGGGAAGGUAAACGGCGUUUCCGUGCGCUGCUCUGGUUCGUCAGAAGCGACUUAGUCAUGCUGGCUACAUGACCAGGAAGCUGUACGCCGCCUCCCUUGGCCAGUAAAGCAAGAUGAGGGCCGCAACCCCAGAGUUGUCCAUGACUGGAUUAACUGUCAGGGGUCCUUUGUUGUUGUUGAGUCGUUUAGUCGUGUCCGACUCUUCGUGACCCCAUGGACCAGAGCACGCCAGGCACUCCUGUCUUGCACUGCCUCACGUUCGUAGCUUCGAGAACACUGUCCCACCAUCUCGUCCUCUGUCGUCCCUUUCUCCUUGCGCCCUCCAUCUUUCCCAACAUCAGGGUCAUUUCCAGGGAGUCUUCUCUUCUCAUGAGGUGGCCAAAGUCUUGGAGUCUCAGCUUCAGGAUCUGUCCUUCCAGUGAGCUCUCAGGGCCGAUUUCCUUCAGAAUGGAGAGGUUUGAUCUUCUUGCAGUCCAUGGGACUCUCAAGAGUCUCCUCCAGCACCAUAAUUCAAAAGCAGGGGUCCUUUACCUUUUUACUCCUGUGAGUGCAUCCCUACUUAAUUUAUAGAGCUGUCCCAUAGCAGGCGGUUUCACGGAAGCCAGGGUGAGAGUGUCGGGACUGGGACCUGGCAGGUCAUGGUUCAAAUCGUCACUCGGUCAUGAAUCCCACUGGGCGACCUUGGAGCCAGUCGCUCUUGGCCUGCCUCACAGCUUUGUUGUCGUGAUUAACUGAGAUUCGGAUGAACCAUGGGCUCCUGGGAGAGAAAGGCAGGAGAUGAAUGCAGCAAAUAAAGCUCUGGUUUUCCCAGUAGUGAUGUAUGGAAGUGAGAGCUGGACCGUAAAGAAGGCUGAUCGCCAAAGAAUGGAUGCUUUUGAAUUCUGGUGCUGGAGGAGACUCUUGAGAGUCCCAUGGACUGCAAGAAGAUCAAACCUCUCCGUUCUGAAGGAAAUCAGCCCUGAGUGCUCACUGGAAGGACAGAUCCUGAAGCUGAGGCUCCAAGACUUUGGCCACCUCAUGAGAAGAGAAGACUCCCUGGAAAAGACCCUGAUGUUGGGAAAGAUGGAGGGCACAAGGAGAAGGGGACGGCGGAGGACGAGAUGGUGGGACAGUGUUCUCGAAGCUACCAGCAUGAGUUUGACCAAACUGCGGGAGGCACUGGAAGACAGAAGUGCCUGGCGUGCUCUGGUCCAGGGGGGUCAUGAAGAGGCGGACACGACUAAACGACUAAACAACAACACUUAAGGAAGCCGGAGGGGCCAGCCAGACGGGGAUGUCAGUCACCACCCUGGCAUUCGGAGAUCACCUGGCACCAGGCAGAUUUCUAACACUGACUUAUAGUGAAGGUCAGUAUAAUAUAGGACAGGGCUCAGCAAGGUUUAUCUUGCCUGGGCCAGAUCGGUCCCAUGGAGAUCCCUCUCUGGGCUGAAACGUGUAUGUGUGUGAGAGAGCUUGCACACCUGUGAUUUUCGGCGCCUGCGCAUGUGCAGAUGCAGUUUUCAGCGUCUGCGCAGGCGCUGUUUUCGGCGCCACGUAAGUGAGUCCUUGCGCCGCGCUGUGCCAGUUUAGCACGGUGCAUGAGCAGGCAACUCGGUUCGGGAGCGGCUCGUGGGCCAGUCAAACGACCUCCGUGGGCUGCUUCCAGCCCAUGGGCCUUAGGUUGCUGACCCCUGAGAUAGGGGAAGGGGUCGGUCGUUGAAUGCAUGGAGAAGGUCGUCCGGUUCAAUCCUGGAUAUCUCCAAUUCGGACUGGGAAUGACCAGCCCUGGGGAGCUGUUGCCAAUCCGAGCCAACACUACUGAGCAGGGCGGAUUUGAUUUAAAUCAAAUCACGAUUUAAAUCACUAGUCAGUAAGACUUGCUUUAAAUCUUUUUUAUUUAACAGAAAGACUUAUUCUUGCUAGUAUAAUCUUAAUACAAUGGUACCUUGGGUUACAUACGCUUCAGGUUACAGACUCCGCUAACCCAGAAAUAGUGCUUCAGGUUAAGAACUUUGCUUCAGGAUGAGAACAAAAAUUGUGCUCCGGCAGCAGGAGGCCCCAUUAGCUAAAGUGGUGCUUCAGGUUAAGAACAGUUUCAGGUUAAGUACGGACCUCCGGAACGAAUUAAGUACUUAACCCAAGGUACCACUGUAUUUACAACCAGAUGAAGGUUUUCAUUUUUGGAAUAAUAAAUGUUUAGAGUGGUUACUGGUUAUACUAUUACUGGUUAUACUAUUAGAAAUACAUAGACAGGCAAUUAUGAAAUUAUGGUUUAUACUUGGACAACUUUUCUGCUGUAGUUGAUUGGAAGGAGAAAAAGAAACAUUUCCUUCAUAACAAUUUAAACCAUUUAUUUAACUAAAACAGUAAUGUUGUAGCAUAUGUAUCCGCGUUUGUUAACUGAUGUGGUUUAAACAAUUUUUUAAAAAAACAUCCUUAGACUGAGUUUUAGCACACGUGAAAAACUUAAAGGCAAAUCCUUAUUUCCUGAUCAAAAGCCUUUGGACUAUAGUGUAACUUAAACAGAAAGCUAUCUUUAGGAAGAUUUCUCCUCCGAAAGCAUUUUAUUUUAAAAAUCCGAUUUAAAUUUUUAAAAUCCGAUUUUAUAAAUUUUUUAAAAUCCGAUUUAAUAAAAUUUUAAAAAACUGAUUUAAUAAAUUUUGUAAAAUCCGAUUUAAUAAAUUUUUUAAAAUCCGAUUUAAUAAAAAUUUAAAAAUCCGAUUUAUUUAUUUUUUUAAAAAAUCAUUGGUUUUUAUCCACCCUGCCUGUGGCGGAAAGCAGCUUUGUAUGUUGCAAGAUGUUGCUAAGUGGGUGCAGGUGAAACACUUCCAGGCAUGCGGAGAUUUCCAGCUCUCGGUGAAUGUUGACGCGGGAAGGAGGCAGUUGUGAUGUGCAUUGCACAAGCAUGCUCCACGCUUGCACGGCUGUUGCAUGUACGUGCUCUGAGUCAUCAAAGCCUGACCUUCCAGGCAGGAGGUUGUAAGCUGCAGGCCGUGUCCUCAAAUGAGUAAGGCCCUUCUCUGCCAGAGGCAGGCAGCCCACUAGGGCAAAGUUGACUCUCUGAACGGGGCUGGGCUUGAUCACAUGUGUCACAGUGCUGGCACGCAGGCAUUUUGUGCAGAACAGUCAAGUUUCUUUCCUUUUUUUAAUAAUUUUUAUUGAUUUUAACAUAUAAAUUAUAAAAUGUCCCACAAAACUUAUCACUUAUAGAAUCUUUUUAGACUUCCAUCAGCACCUCUGAAGAUCCACCGUUUUAACCACUUCUUAUGCAUUUCUUAACUUUAUAUUGCCUUUACAUCUCAUCAUCCUCCCCCUUCUCCAUUUUUGCAAUACUUCCAAUAAUACUCCUCACAAAACUUCUUGCAAACCUACAAACGUCGUCUGAUCUUCACAAAUACUUUUCAAAUAGUCCGUAAAUUUACUCCAGUCUUCCGUGAAUUUCUGGCCCCACUGGUUUCGAAUCCUUCCUGUUAGUUUAUCUAAUUCUGCAUAGUCCAUUAACUUCAUCCUCCAUUCUUCAAUCGUCGGUAAUGCUUCUUGCUUCCAUUUUUGGGCCAAUAAUAUUCUUGCUGCUGUUAUUUCAGAACGGUCAAGUUUCAGUUCCCUGUAUCUUCAAAGUCAGACUGGGGCUUCGUUGGUGGAGCACAGGACUCUUAAUCUCAGGAAGGGGUCCCCUUCUAACAAUUCUAUGAUUUUAUGAUUCUAAUAAUAACAAUAAUAAUGAAGUCAUACUUCUUGUUACGUUCGGUUCAGGUUUCGUCUUUUCAGGUUGCGACCCGGAAGUAACAGAGCAGGUUACUUCCGGGUUUCGCCGCUCGCGCAUGUGCAGACACUCAGAAUGACGUCAUGCGCAGAAGCGGCGAAUCGCAACCUGCGCACUCGCAGACGGUGCUUGCGUUCUGCUCAUGAUGCAAACAGGGCUCUGGAAUGGAUCCCGUUCGCAACCAGGGGUACCACUGUAAGGUAAAGGGACCCCUGACCAUUAGGUUCAGUUGUGGCCGACUCUGGGGUUGCGGUGCUCAUCUCGCUUUAUUGGCCAAGGGAGCCGGCAUACAGCUUCCGGGUCCUGUGGCCAGCAUGACUAAACCGCUUCUGGCGAACCAGAGCAGCGCACGGAAACGCCAUUUUCCUUCCCGCCGGAGCGGUACCUAUUUAUCUACUUGCACUUGAUGUGCUUUCAAACUGCUAGGUUGGCAGGAGCAGGGACCGAGCAACGGGAGCCCACCCCAUCACAGGGAUUCGAACCGCCGGCCUUCUGAUCGGCAAGUCCUAGGCUCUGUGGUUUAACCCACAUCGCCACCCACAUCCCUUUGUCUGGCUUAUUCCAAACAAAAAGGACUUUGGGGGAGGGGGAGCUAAAUUUAAAUAUAUAUUUUUCAAUUCAUUAUAAAUCAUUUCCCAAUAUUGUACUGUUUGAGCCCCAUAAUGGAAGAAACCUGAGUUUCAAGUCUGGAAAAUGCGUUCGGUUGGGCUGUUUGCCAGCAGUUAGAGAGCAGCAUGUAUUUGCAGUGCCACAGAGCUGUUGGUUUGCUUAAGCAAAAAAAUGCAGCGUGACUCAUCCAACUGGGACGGACUGGUUUCUCUUCACAUUAUAACAUGGGAACCAUUGUUUCUCGUCCGCUCAUUGGGAUUUGAAACAAUGGAAGGUUUCGCUUAUCUGCUGAGCAUCUAGGGAGCAACGCAGGCUUAAAAUUCUAAGACACAGCGACAGCCACCUGCUUGGACGACUUGCACAAAUUUGUGGAAAGUGUCUUAAUGCAGUUUCCGUUUCAGUAAAUCAGAGCUGUCAAUAGAACCAUCUUCCAUGAAUUUGUACAGCCCUUAAAAAACAACAACGAAGGCCUGCUCAUCAACCGUCCCUCAGCGUAUCAUGUGUCGGGGAGUUCCAUAAGUUAACUGGCCAUUGUGGGGCAGAAGCGGGAGCCCUCCUGCCUCUCCUGACAGCUUCUUCCUCCUCUCUUUUAGCCGUGCCAUGACGUCGGAAGGAAGUCCCGUGAGCGACACGGCUCCAGAAAACCAAGAGCCUGAUCAGCAGGUAUGUGAGGAGUGAGUCCCUUCACCCCAAGCUGGGUGUUGGUCGCUGGCGGUUUCUGGGCCCUGAUCUGCCCCUUCUGUCUCCAUGGCCAAAUAAUUGCGCCCCUCUAUUCCAGGUAGGAGAUUUCACUCAGUCAGUCAGUUUUAUUGCACAUAGCCAAAGGCUGCUGCAAUGUACACAAAGGUAAAGGGACUCCUGACCAUUAGGUCCAGUUGCGGACGACUCUGGGGUUGCGGCGCUCAUCUCGCUUUACUGGCCGAGGGAGCCGGCGUGCAGCUUCCGGGUCAUGUGGCCAGCAUGACUGAGCCGCUUCUGGCGAACCAGAGCAGCGCACGGAAACGCCAUUUGCCUUCCCACCGGAGCGGUACCUAUUUAUCUACUUGCACUUUGACGUGCUUUCAAACUGCUAGGUUGGCAGGAGCAGGGACCGAGCAACAGGAGCUCACCCCGUCGCGGGGAUUCGAACCGCCAACCUUCUGAUCAGCAAGUCCUAGGCUCUGUGGUUUAACCCACACCGCUACCCACAUCCCCAAUAAACAAUGUACUGUACUAUAAACUAAAUAAGACAGUAUUGUAGAGGAUAAAAAUUAAAAUGUUUUCUUACCUGCGCUGGUGAUAGUCCUUGUUUGGAUGGGGGGCUUUUAUCCAUUGCCGCAGUCACACAAUCAAUCCAUCAGUAGCUGAACUGGGCCUCACACAGUCACAAAAACAAAUGAACCGAAAAAGCCUCAAAAAUAAAUAGCAAAAACAAAAGCGGCAAACUUUAUCUGUUCCGGAAGUCCGUUUGACUUCUGAAAUGUUCGAAAACCAAGGCGCAGCUUCUGAUUGGUGCAGGCGCCCCGGAAACAAUAGCCAACUGCCGCAUCAGACGUUCGGCUUCCAACAAACGUUCGAAAACCAGAACACACACUUCCGGGUUUUCGGCAUUUGGGAACCAAGGCGUUUGAGAACCAAGGCACCACUGAAAAUAUGCUGCCCAAGUGAUAAUUUUUCUCUUUCUCUCCUGCCCUGGUAGAAUGUGGUCAGUCGAGUGGUCAGCCUCCCGCUGGUCAGUUCGACCUUCGACAUGGUCUCCUCGGCUUACGCCUCCACAAAAGAGACCCACCCCUACCUCAAGUCCGUCUGCGACGUGGCAGAGAAGAGUGUGAAGACCCUCACGGCGGCGGCCGUUGGUGGCGCCCAGCCUCUCCUGACGAAGCUGGAGCCUCAGAGUGGGUGACGCUGUCAAUUUGCUGCAUUGUUUUGUGCCUUGUGCCGCGCUGAGGUUGAGAAACGGUGGCACGUACCCUCGCCUCCUCACUGUAUGCUUAAAGCGCAGGGCGUUCCCCCAGAGGAUCCUGGGAACUGUAGUUUGCACCUCGCCACUGGCAAACUAUGUUUCCCAGGAAUCUUUGGCGGGGGAAGGGAGUCGCAUGCUUUGAAUAUGUUUUCAGUGCAUGGCGUGACACAAAAAGAAGGAUCUCAUAGAUCACACCCAUAUUUAUUUAUUUUUUAGUUUUUUUAACAUAUCAUUUUCAACAGUAAUUAAACAUACUUUUACAUCUUAUUCAAAUUUUUGACUUCCAUCAAUCCUGUCUGGAAAUUUUCCAAUCUAAUCUCUCAGUAUGCAUUUCUUAUCUUCCCUAUUACAUUUCAAACUCAUAACCAAUAUCUCUUAUCUUUUUCUACUUUGUAACACUUCAUAUAUUUCUCCUUACAAAACUUCUUGUAGUCCUACUAGCGUAAUUUGUUGAUUACAGUUGCUCUUCAAAUAUUUCAUAUACUUCUUCCAAUCUUCCGUAAAUCUCUGGUCCCGCAGGUUUCGAAUCCUUCCUGUCAUUUUGUCCAAUUCUGCAUAGUCCAUUAAUUUUGUCUGCCAUUCUUCUUUCGUCGGAAUUUCUUCUUGUUUCCAUUUCUGGGCUAACAAUACUCUUGCCGCAGUUGUUGCAUAUAAAAAUAAUUUAACAUCUUUCCUAUUAAUGUCCUGACCUAUAAUACCAAGUAAAAAUGCUUCUGGUUUUUUUUUUAAACGUGUAUUUCAACAUCUUUUUCAUCUCAUUAUAUAUCAUUUCCCAGAAGUUCUUUACUUUUUUACAUUCCCACCACAUAUGAUAAAAUAUUCCUUCUUUUUCUUUUCCAACAUUUAUUAUUUGUCUUAUACAUUUUAGCUAAUUUCACUGGUGUGAUAUACCACCUAUACAUCAUUUUCAUCAUAUUCUCUUUCAAAGCAUAUACCGUGCAUUUAAAAAAAAGAAUACUCCCCAAAGAAUCCCGGGAACUGUAGUUUUCUUCUCGCACCACGUCCCGGCAAACUACAGUUCCCAAAAUCCUUUGGUGGGGAAGGGGAGAAGAACAAGAAGGAACUAUCCUCCAUUUCUGGAUAGCUCAUUUGGUAGAGCAUGAGACUCUUAAUCCCAAGGUCGUAGGUUCGAGCCCCACAAAGGGUGUUGCAGGGGGUCAGACUAGAUGACACAUGUGGACCCACCCAACUACAUAUCUGCGGUUCUGUAGGUGUAUGGUGUGGAUGUGACUUUAAAAACAGGGUCUCGUGGGUCACCUCCAAACUCUGCUUUUUAAGCGCAGGACUCUCCCUGAACCCUGGGAACUGUAGUUUGCCCUCACAGGGCACGGGCCACAGCAACCUUAACAAACUACAGUUCACAGGGAUCUCAGGAGCGGGAGCCAUGUGCGCUGAAUCUGUGACCGCCGCCUGCAGAAAAAGCAAAACAAUCGCGAAGGCGAAGGAAUUCCAAAACCCUCAACCAGGUGGUGCUAAACUACAACUCCCAUUAUCCCUGGCUGUAGGGGGCUCAUAGGAGUUGGAGUCCCACAACCUCUGGAGCAUGGGUAGGCAAACUGAGGCCCGGGGGCUGGAUCCGGCCCAAUCGCCUUCUCAAUCCAGCCCACAGAUGGUCCAGGAAUCAGUGUGUUUUCACAUGAGUAGAAUGUGUGCUUUUAUUUAAAAUGCAUCUCUGGGUUAUUUGUGGGGCAUAGGAAUUCGUUCAUUAUUUUUUUUCAAAAUAUAGUCCGGCCCCCAGCAAGGUCUGAGGGACAGUGGACCAGCUCCCUGCUGAAAAAGUUUGCUGACUCCUGCUCUGGAGGGUCAGCCAGUCUCCCCAAAACUGCUUUAUUGGGGCCAACCAUAACGUUGCACAUUGUGAGCAAGCCUUUUUUAUUCUUCAGAUGUUGAACAAAGUAGGGACAAAGACUCCUCUCCCAGCAGGCCCCCAGUUCCGGACCAAAACCUUAUUCAGCCAACUCCCCAGCUUCUCAGCUUUCACUAGGCAUUGGGCACCCAUGAGGACUAUCACCUUGGCAAGGCUUUACCGGAAAUCCCCCCAAAAGCAGUUCCCUGGCCACUGCUGCCAAGAUGGCCUGCAUGCUUUUCUGAGAUGUUGUGUCCCCCCAUCGCUGGUUUUUGGAAGCUAUCGAUAUAAUCUCUGUGUCUUUUUAGUUGCAACGGCCAAUGAGUAUGCUUGCAAAGGGUUGGACAAAUUGGAAGAGAAACUGCCUAUUUUGCAACAGCCGUCGGAGAAGGUUAGUAAUUUUUUUCUUCUUUCCCGACAUGCUCUGCUCAGUGGUACAUUAUCUGUGUUUCUAUCACAUGCAAAAGGAAGGAUGCUCUAGCCAGGAGAAAAAGGAAGUUUCGACUGGCUGGACCAAACAUUCCCUCGCAUGUCUUCUCUAGGAUUACAAGGAAUGUUGUACUUGACUGCCUCUCAUGGAUCACAUCCCACAAUGUAAACAGCAACCUGCUUUAUGUGUUCUGUUGCACAGCAAGAUUCUGCUGGUGCAGAACUCUUAAUUCGUCGCCAUGUUCGAGAAACUCUUGGAGCUGGAAUGUCAAGAACACGCCGUCGUAUUUUAUCUUGCAGAGUAGAGACCGACUCUCGCAUGAUGGGAACUUAUCCCUGUCUGUGACGUAGGAUUGCUUCUCCCCACAGCUUAGGGGGCACAAUACUUGCCUUACCCCGGACGCUAGCAACCCACUCUGCGCCACUGCUAAAGACUGAAAUGGAAACAUCCAACCAUUUCUGCCGCAUUUGCCAGAGUGAAACCUCCUGUCUAGUGCAAACUUUGGUUGAUAGCAUUUUGCUCACGAUUUUCCAGGUGGUCGCAGACACGAAGGAACUGGUCUCCACCAAAGUGACUGGGGCCCGGGACACUGUCUCCGGUACCCUCAACGGGGCGAAGGAUGCUGUGGCUGGCGGCGUGAGCGGGGUGGUGGAAAUGGCCAAAGGGGCCGUUCAUGGUGGCGUGGAGAUGACCAGAUCGGUGGUGGCUGGCAGUGUGAACACCGUCCUGGGGUCCAGAGUGGGUCAAAUGGUCACCACUGGCAUGGAUGUGGUCCUGGGCAAGUCUGAAGAGCUAGUGGACCAUUAUCUCCCGAUGACGGACAAAGAACUGGGUAGGUAUCCUCGUUAAGGGAAUUAUUUUAUUCGUAUCAUUCGUUAAAUUUAUAGGCCUCCCUCCCUCCCAAAGUUACUCAAGGCAGCAAACACACAGGCAGUAAAGCAAUAAAAUAUAUUAAAAACCAGUUCCUGGACAAAUGCAGACCGGGAAAGAUACCUGCUUUCGUUUUUUUGCCAAUUUUUAUUUAUUUUUUUAAAAAAUCACAAAUCGACACCAAAUUAAUUCAGAUUUAAAAGUUGACUUCCCAUACCCCUACCUUGAUGUUUCACUUCCCUCCCUCACUUGCUUCUCAGUGUUACAUACAUCUCCAAAUUACAUUUCAAGAACUUAAAAUAUUUGAGCGUUUUAUCCUUAUUUUUUUACGAUUUUCCUCUACUGCUUUGGGGUUUUGAUAGACCGCUGUGCUCACCUGUUAUCUGCACAUUGUUUUUACAUACGCCGCUCAGAAAUAAUUAAGUGGUUGGUUAGAUGUUUUAAAUAAAUAUUUAGAAGAUGAGAGAGAGAGAGAGAGAGAGAGAGAAAGUACCUGCCUGAUAUUUAACAGGAGGGGGCUAUGUUUAUCAUACUAUAUAUAUAUUUAUGCCCCCCUGUCUGAACGGUUACCCUGUUCUCACCAUGAACCAUGAUGUCGCCAGUUGGUCCUAGAGGUCCCAAGUCCCUGAUGGGCAGAAUAGGGACCGCCUCUCGCAUGGUGGGAACUUUCCCCUGAACUUUCCCUUGUCUGUGACGAAGGAUUGCUUCUCCCCACAGUUUAUGGGCCACAGUACUUUCCUUACCCUGGACGCUGGCAACCGACACUGCACCACUGCUAAUAAUUGAAAUGGAAACAUCCAAACUUUUCUGCCGCAUUUGCCAGAGUGAAACCUCCCGCCUGGUGCAAACUUUGGUGCAUAGCAUUUUAAGUACUAGGCAUUCAGACAUAGCGUUUUGUGCAUAUUGAACUGAUACCUUUAACGCCACCAUAACCAUAACCACCACCCCUCUCUCAUUCCCAGCUGAACUCGCUACCUCUGUGGAGGGUUUUGAAAUCGCCACCGUGGAGCAGCAGAAAGAGCAGAGGAGCUACUUUGUGCGCCUGGGGUCUCUCUCAGCCAAACUCCGCCACCGAGCCUACCAGCACUCUCUGGGCAAGCUGAGGGAUGCCAAGCAGAGUACCCAAGAUGCCCUCGCCCAGCUACACCAAACCAUCGAGCUGGUAAGAAUGUCCCGAAAACUGAUCCAGAGCCUUUUAUUUCUAAUCUAUACUCUACACACUCCUUAACUGGGCCGGGGCUGCUUAUGUCUGGGGUGGCGGGCAUGUGGUUUAUUGGGAUAUUUUGCUAUUGUGUAUUUUUUUGGGAGGGUUAUGUUGUAAGCCACCCUAUGAACUUAAUAAAUAAAAGUGAUUUACAGCUUGAGAAGUGCCUGUUGGCUGAGCUGCUAUGACAUCACAUAAGGCACAUUUCAGCUGCCCAGGGUGAAGGUUCCAGUGAUGUAUUGUUGGCAAACGAUUAGAGGGGUUGGAUUGAAUGGGUAGAAGACGCAAGGGAUCUGGGGCAUAAAGGAGAGCUUGCCAGAACAGGCCAGUGAUCUAGUGAUCACCCAGAUUCUUCUAGGAAUCUGGCAAACAGGGCACAAGCACAACAGCAGUUUCUGAUUCCCAGAAACCGGUAUUCCGAGCCCUGCCACAUCUGACGGUGGACGUGGAACACAGCCAUCGUCCCUAGGAUCUGCUGAUAGCCUUCUGGUCCAUGAGUUUGUCCCAUCCAGUCCACAACCCUAUUUUAAAGGCACCCAAGGUGCUUGCUGUCACGGCCUCCUGUGGCAGAGAGUUCCGCAGUUCAGUUGUCAGAAUAAGGACUUCCUUUUGCCCGCCCUUUCUCUUCCAACACCCAGCUUCGUGGGGUGCCCACUGCCUUCUAAUGUUGCAAGAGAAGCUCUCCUCUGUCCACUUUUGGGGCACCUCGGUGGGUUGGGGACUGAGGUUCGGGGCUUGGCGGGAUGGCAUGUGCACUGGACGGCUGGAACGGAGUGAGAUUUAACCAGGCGACGUUUGAGGACCCUGGUGAAAACAGCCGCAUGGACCGCAGAGACGUUGGAGUUGGUAAGCAAUGGCUGCAUUGCAUGGAGGCAUAAAACAAUUCUCCAUCCACAUCAGGCCUUGUCUAUACAUAACUCAGAGCGCAGUGCUGAUGAUGUCGAGGUUUCAGGUUCAAUCUGCCGCAUUCGCCAGAGUGAAACCUUUUGAAACGGAUGAUCUUUGGGGUUCUGCCCAACUCCAUGAUUCUAUAAAAGGUGUAGGGGAACCUGUGGCCCUCCAGACGUUGCAGAACUACAGCUCCCAUUAUCCUUGGCCGUGCUUGCUGAUGGGAGUUGUAGUCCCACGCCAUCUUGAGAGCCAAAGGGUUCUUCUUGACCUGUAAGCAAUAGCAGGUGCAGGAGAAUGACUGGGUUUUUAUUUAUUUUUUUAAACAAAAAGAAAAGCAAGCUUCUGGUGUGGUUCCCUCCGACCCUUUCUUGUCCCUUGUCAGAUGGAACAUGUCAAACAGGGAGUGGACCACAAGCUACAUGGCGGCCAAGAGAAGCUACAUCAGAUGUGGCUGGAUUGGAACCAGAAGCAAGCUCAAAGUGAUGAGCCACAACACUCCUUGGUGCAGCCAGAGGUAGCUCCUCCCUUUCUCUUAGGGGGGUGGGUGGGGAGAUCAGCCCCUUCUAAAAACGAAUGACCAGUUACCCCCCACCCACCCACCCCCAAAAAAGAUCCCUUGAUGGACAACCCUGCGAUCAAGAAUCUGAUGCUGUACAGCAAAUCAGCACACUUUUUCAGUAUUAUUUUCUUACCUGCGCUGGUGAUAGUCCUUGUUUGGAUGGGGGGCUUUUAUCCAUUGCCGCAGUCGCACAAUCAAUCCAUCAGUAGCUGAACUGGGUUCCGCACAGUCACAGAAAUAAACUACCGUAUUUUUUGCUCUAUAAGACUCACUUUUUCCCUCCUAAAAAGUAAGGGAAAUGUGUGUGCGUCUUAUGGAGCGAAUGCAGGCUGCACAGCUGUCCCAGAAGCCAGAACAGCAAGAGGGAUUGCUGCUUUCACUGCGCAGUGAUCCCUCUUGCUGUUCUGGCUUCUGAGAUUCAGAAUAUUUUACUUGUUUUCCUCCUCCAAAAUCUAGGUGCGUCUUGUGGUCUGGUGCUUCUUAUAGAGCAAAAAAUACAGUAACCAAAAAAGCCUCAAAAACACAAAAUAAAUAGCAAAAACAAAAGCACCAAACUUAAUCCGUUCCGGAAGUCCGUUUGACUUCCGAAAUGUUCGAAAACCAAGGCGCGGCUUCUGAUUGGUGCAGGCUCCCCGGAAACUAUAGCCGACAGCCGCAUCGGACAUUCGGCUUCUGACAAAUGUUCGAAACCCAGAACACUUCCGUCCGGGUUUCCGGUGUUUGAGAACCAAGGUACCACUGAGAACCAGAUUUUGAACAAAGGCCAAGGUUCUAGUCCCUCUUGAGGUGGAAGUAAUGCUGGUUUCUAAAGGGGGGGGGACUUUGCGCAAGGUUGCCAACGCGGUUCCUUGUUUCUCACGGAGGACCUUAAGGUCCAUAAAUAGCAACACCCUAGUGGUCCCGGGCCCUAAGGAAGUCAUAUUAGCCUCAACCAGAGCCAGGGCCUUCUCAACACUGGCCCCGGCCUGGUGGAACGCUCUGCCUCAUGAGACCAGGGCCCUGCAGGAUCUGAUUUCUUUCCGCAGGGCCUGUAAGACAAAGUUGUUCCACCUGGCCUUUGACUUGGAAUCAAUUUGAUUCCCUCCCCCCCUUUCUUUUUUCCUUUCUCCUCCUGUGAUGAGGCUGCAUUUUAAUGUUUUAAUUGUUUUAAUGUUAUACAGUAGUACCUCAGGUUACAUACGAUUCAGGUUACAUACGUGUCAGGUUACAGACUCCGCUAACCCAGAAAUAGUGCUUCAGGUUAAGAACUUUGCUUCAGGAUGAGAACAGAAAUCGGGCUGCGGCAGCAGCAGGAGGCCCCAUUAGCUAAAGUGGUGCUUUAGGUUAAGAACAGUUUCAGGUUAAGAAUGGACCUCAGGAACAAAUUAAGUCCUUAACCCAAGGUACCACUGUAUUUUAAUCUUGUUUUUUAAGUUGUACAGUGGUGACUCGCAAGACGAAAUUAAUCCGUUCUGCGAGUGUCUUCGUCUAGUGGUUUUUUCGUCUUGCGAAGCAACCCUAUUAGCGGUUUAGCGCUAUUAGCGGUUUAGCGGCUAUUAAAGGCUUAUCGGAUUAGCGGAUUAGCUGCUAAAAGGCUAUUAAAGGCUUAGCGGCUUAGAUAAAGGGGGGAGUUCCAAGGAAAGCAUCUCAGAGACCUCUGCAUAGUACAUUUUCGCUCUUGCGAAGCGAAGCCCAUAGGGAAAUUGGACCUGUCGAAGCAGACUCAAAGAGCGGAGACGCCCUUUCAGAUCUAGCCAGGGCUAUUUCCGUCUUAGGUCAGCACCAGCACUUUGAUCUAUGCUGGAGCACCACUUGUAUUUCAUAUCUAACUUGUUUUUAUUAUUGGUUGUUAGCCGCCCUGAGCCCGGUCUUGGCUGGGGAGGGUGGGGUAUAAAAUUAUUAUUAUUAUUAUUAUUAUUAUUAUUAUUAUUAUUAUUAUUGUUAUCCUAGGUGGAAUCCCAGUCUCUCGCCCUGCUCAGGGGCCUCACCCAGCAGCUACAGCUCUCCUGCGUCACCCUCGUGUCCAGCGUCCAAGGCCUUCCCUCCGGCAUCCAGGACAGAGUCCAACAGGUCCGCCAAACCGUUGAGGGUCUCCACUCGUCCUUCUCCGGGGCUCGCUCCUUCCAAGACGUGCCGGCCGCCCUCCUGAGCCAGAGCCGCGAGAGGAUCGCCAAGGCGCGCAGCUCGAUGGACGAGAUGUUGGACUACGUCGUGCAAAACGUCCCCCUCCCGUGGGUGGUGGGGCCCUUUGCGCCCAACCUGGUGGAGCUUCCAGAGGCAGAGGGAGUUGGCUCCCGGGCGCAGGAAGACCCCGCUGAAAAGCCUAAGACCCCGCAAAAGGAGCCCUCCGAACCGGAGAAGGAACUUUAG